AGAGUUGCUCGGUCAUGUGAUCAGCUGUGUCCAAUCACAGCUGAUCGCAUAGGGGACAUCUAUACUGAUCAUCAGGGCACUGAUGAUCAGUGUGCCCUGAUGAUCUGUGUAGCCACAGCAGUGCCACCUGUCAGUGUCCAUCAGUGCCAGCUCUCAGUGCUCAUCUAUGUCACCUGCCAGUGCCCAUCACAUAAAUGCCACAUAUCAGUGCCUACCAGUGCACAUCAAUGCCACAUAUCAGUUGCCCAUCUGAGCUGCCUUUCAGUGUCACCAGCAGUGCCAGUCAGUGCCACCUAUCAGUGCCAGUCAGUGCUGCCUAUCAGUGCCAGUCAGUGCCGCCUAUCAGUGCCACCUAUCAGUGCUGCCUAUCAGUGCCAUAUAUGAGUGCUGCCUUUCAG